AUGAUCGUACCCGCCGCAUUCAACGGCGUUGACACGUUCUUCUUUCUCAGACGCAAGCCUGUGGCCCUGGCAGCACUAGCCGUGCUUUCUCUCCUAGGCUGCGCCAUCGGAACUUGGACCGUGGCCAGAUUGCAUCUACUACCAUUCAUAUUAAUUCCCCACCCUCAAUUCACGCGGAUGUUCAACACAAUCAACGAUUAUUACCUUCAGCCUUUUUAUCACGCUGUGUGCUACUUCAGCGGCUGUAUGACGGCUCUCAUUGUAGCCGACUUCCGAGAGCGCAAAAUCUCCAAGAUAUUUCAGUUGGCAGGCUGGUGCGCAUCGAUCAUUUGCGGCCUCCUCUGUGUGUUCGUGAAGUUUCCCUGGUACUUAAGACUGAACCCCACGUCAGAAGGCGCAGAGCUGCUUGUCGCAUUCUUCGACAGAAUACUCUGGUCGUUCAGUCUUUCUUGGAUAACGCUGGCAUGUGCUACGGGUCGAGGUGGUCCUCUGAGCAAGUUCUUGUCCUGGAACGCGUUCGUACCGUUGAGCAGGCUUUCGUAUUGCGUGUACUUGAUCCACUUGCCAUUCCUUGAACUGUUGGUGGAAUCAUCAAGAGAACGAAUCUACUGGUCGUUAUUUAAUGUGGUCACACUCACCUUUGCCGUGCUCGUCUGGUGCUUUCUGCUGUCAUACAUGACCUUCAUCGCGUGCGAAGCACCGACCGGAGCCCUGGACAAGUUGAUUUUCGGCAGGGUGAUUGGAAAGGGAGGUGCCCGGAGGCAGGAACGUGAAGAAAAACUGGCAGGCAUCGACGUGAAGACGGAAAACAGUAGUGGAGAGACCAAAGACAUUUCGCUGCGCAAAACAAGCAAUGGCGCUCGUCCGUGCAGUAGUGAAUAAAGCGGUUCUCGUGAGGCCAGGUAAACGGAGCAGCAUUGUGCUUGGUCAAUAAGUGUCAACAUCGCACUGGAAUGCCGCCAACUACAAUAAAUUCAA